CACGCUGUCCUGCAGUUUCUGUCCUGCAGAAACACAUAUUUAUUGCGCCUAGAAGACACAGUCACGCACAUGUAAAAAAUGAAGUCCAUGUUUGUGUUGUUUUUCAUCAUUUGGUUUGCAGAUGCUGAGUUAAAACCCCGGAAAGGUUCCGGGGUUGUCUGUACUUUUAAAGACCAGAUCUACAGCCCAGGAGACAGCUGGCAUCCCUAUCUGGAGCCUUUUGGGGUUAUGUUCUGCAUGCGUUGUGUCUGCACAGAGACAGGCCAUGUGAAAUGUAACGCCAUCAGGUGUCCUGCUCUGCAGUGUGAAAACAGAGUGCAUGAGCCUCAGCAGUGUUGCCCCAGAUGCACAGAUGAGCCCAGGAUCCCUGCAGGGCUCCGGGCUUCAGCAAAGUCCUGCCGGUACAACGGAACUGUUUACCAGCCCGGGGAGACCUUUACUAAACAUGACCUCUUCCCAUCCAGGCAAAGCAACCAGUGUGUCAUGUGCACUUGCUCUAAUGGAAACAUCUUCUGUGCUCUGAAAACUUGCCACCAAAUCACCUGCUCCUCACCGGUCUCAGUCCCAGAUACCUGCUGUUUGGUGUGUAAAGAUCAUAGUACCAGUGGUUCUUCGUCGGCUGAAGAUGGAAACCAGCAACUGAACCGAGGCGUUAGGCAUUCAGUGGACCAGUGUUCUGGAGAGCAGAUAAGGGCGCGGCCGGACCGUGCCACUCCACCCAGGGUCAGGACUUCUCCCAGAGGCCUGAGCCUCAGUAAACUUAACCUCAAAGGAGCUUCAGAGACCACUGUGAAGAUUUUGUUGCAGCGGAAACACCAAAGAGCGUGUUUGUACAAUGGAAAGACGUACUCCCAUGGAGACAUGUGGCACCCAGUUUUGGGGAGGGUCCUGGAAUGCAUUCUGUGCAAUUGUACUGAUGGCCUGCAGGAUUGCAAUCGCAUCACAUGUCCCACCGAGUACCCAUGCAAACAUCCUACAAAGUCAGCAGGAAAGUGCUGCAAGACUUGUCCAGAGAGUAAAGCUGAAAACAACCAGACCCAGUGUUUUUUGGGAUAUAAAAAUAACCUUCUGGUGUAUAAAGUAGAGUCGACGCUGAAAGUUGACUCACCAGAAACAGUCAGGAUCAUUGCAACAGAAAGACAAAGUACAGCGGAGGUUGAAGUGCAAGUAUGGAAGAUUGUAGAAGAUGUUUUACAAUUAAUGGAAAUUGGUGACGUCCAGAGGAAAGAUAUUUUGGAUCAUCCGGAAAAUUAUGCAUUACUCACAACGCUUGAUGAAGAGACAUGGAGAAGAUUUAAGGAGGAGGGAGAAAACCUGAGUAAAGCACCCCAGACAAUAAUUUGUGAAGAUGGCAUUCGAGACAUUGUGAAUUUCUUAAAUCCCAAGCAAAUUGAGGGCUUGUGUUCACCGUGACUUUUUCCACCACUGUGUUUAUUUCCAUAUUCCCAGUAAGUACAUUGUCCUCAAACAUAAUACUACAUUCAUACAUGUGGCACUUGGAUGUUUAGCAUCAUUCCUGUAACACGAGUGACUUAUCUCAUUUAUAAUAUUGCUGUACUUUAUUUCACUGGGUGGAUUUAUGUCAGGAACAAACUGCAGCAAAAUGUAAACGUGGACUGAGGAGGUCAGAGCUCACAGCUGGAAACGGCCUCAGUUUCCAGUUGGGAGCUGAGACUGUUGACUCAUUGAUAUUGGUAUGCGCAUUUUGGGAUCAAUACUUCUCCAACAGACUGUGUGAAAAUACUUUGUUUGAAGGACGAGGGGGCAGCGUUCGAUUCUGAAUGUGAAGGUUUUGGGUUUUUUUUUAAAGGAUUUUAUAUGAUCAACAACAUAUUUAUUGUAAAUACAUAUUGUCACCUAAUUUAAAGCCUUUUGUGAUUUCUGUGUAUAUACUUUUGACUUUAACUUUUCCUUUGCAAAAGUAUUAGGUGGCGUUGUAUUAGGGUUUGUUAGGAAAACACACUGGCAAUGUGUGUGUUGUUUGAUGAGAAAAAUGCCUCUCCAGUUCUGUCUUUCUGAUGUCAAAAUCUAGACCUACUGUAGCUAUUUUUAUACAGCCACAGGGUUUGGUUUGUUAUUUUAUCCUAAUGACAUUAUAAAUUCACAUACCAGAAAUAUCUGUAUUUUGAAGUGGUCAUAUUCGAUGUAGCUGAAUGCACUGUGUACUUCUGCUCACAAAUGUAAACCAUAAAGUUUUAUAUUUGUUUUACA